AUGGAGCAAUUAAAACUUCCAGGCAAUGAAAUUAUUCGCGGAGAAGCGCCCGAAAACAUUGAACAGCGCUGUUUGACACUGUGUCAGGACUACAUUGGUGGCGUCUGGAAAACAGCCAAAACAACGGAAAAUAUUACUGUGACUCGAAUUACCGGCGGCCUCACCAACCAGCUGUAUCGAGUUCAACUUAAUAGCGCUCAAAAAUGUGCCGACACCAACUCCAAUGAUGUUCCAACUGAUGUGGCUGUAAAGUUGUACCUAAAGAAACAUGUGACAAUUGGUGAUGACGGUGUGGAUGACCGCCUUAAUGACAACAUUGUGCUUACACUUAUGUCGCAAACUAAAAUUGGACCUCGUGUUUUUGGCAUUUUCAAAGAGGGAAACAUUCAGGUUUUUCAUGAGCAUGAACUUUUUGGCCCCAAAUAUCACAAGGAUCCAGAUGCAAUCCGUAAAAUGACUCGUCAACUUGCCCGAGUCAACAACCUUAAUGUGCCAAUCAGCAAAAGGAAUCGACUAAUUGAUCAAAUUGAAACCAUGAUUGAAGACGGCUAUAAAAGCCAAGAAAUGGUCAAUCAUAUCCGUUUAUUACCAAAUGAUUCUGUUUUCAAAUCUUGUGAUUUACGUGAAGAAGUCAAAUAUUUGAAAAAAGUUGGCGCUCAACUAAAUGCUCCAGUAGUAUUUUGCCAUAACGAUUUACUUGGUUCAAACAUUUUAAUUGUAAAAGCAGGAGAAGUUCUGCUGAUUGAUCUUGAAUACUGUGCUUAUGGAUUUAGAGGCAUUGAUUUGGCAAUGCUUCUCAAUCAAUACGAACGUGAGCCAUUUGAGUAUCUGGAUGUGUCAUUACCUGAAGAUGCUGUAAUUGAGCAGUACUUGAACUACUACAUUGAAGCAUGCAAUGAAAUUGUUCCUGGAUAUUCUGAUAAACCAGAAAACAGCUUAAAAAGACACGUAGAUGAAGUUAAAGUUGCUACACUAAACUACCUGAUGAUUCUAAUGGCCUUUUUUCUAAGUCAAAAAGAAUCUAUGACUGGCAUGGGAGAACCGGUUAAUUUGAAAGACAAUCUGAAAUUGAUCGUAACACUUUAUAAACAGUACUCACUUUCAAAACAACGAUUUGUAAAAGAUGGAAUUAUAAGUUAG